GGCUCACGAGAAAUUUAUUGUUCAAAGUAAGCAUCAAUGGUUAAUUACGGUUAUCAUUGUUAAGGUAUCAGAUGUCACCUUAAACUAUGCUUUAAGUAUUAGCAUUUUACUUUUACAAUGAUUGGCUCAUCUGAAUAGUGAUCAUAAUAAUGAGCUUCAACAUUUGAAAUGGUCAACCUAUUGAAUCUGGUCACAGUGUUAAUUUGUCUAUUUGACAGUUCAUCAAUAACAUCAGCUUCAUUGAAUUCCGAGUUGUCUAUCACGAAAGAUGAAUCAAGUCGGAAUCCAUUAAUAAUUUACAAUCAAGUGUCGGUGAAUUCAUUAUCAUCUUUAAAUUUGUUCCAAUCAGAGUUUGAACUUGAUUUUUUACUGUUUCAACGCUGGAGAUUGAAUGAUUCAAUUUGUAAACAAUACAAGGAUAUCCAUAGAAGUUUUGUUGGCUCUUCUGAUGUGCUUUUACAAGAUGGAAGUGAAUCAAUCACUGAUGCAAUGGUGCUUUCUCGGCUAUGGCUACCUCAGACUUACUUGAUGGAGGUUAAAUCAACUUUGAAUACUAGAUCUACAAAUAAUGAAGGAUUUGUAACCAUUUACAAUGAAACAGAUCAACCAGGUUGUUCAAUCAAGUUUACCCGCCGGUUGUUUACAAAAGUUGCUUGUAAAAUGGAUUUCAGAGAAUACCCAAAUGAUAUUCAAAAUUGUUCACUCACUUUUACUGGAUAUUUUUGGUCAGACAAAGUACUCAAAUUUCAAUGGGACUCGCCUGGUUUGGACUACAGUUUACAAAAUAUCGAUCAAAAUCAUUAUGAAAUUUCUUUUACAACAGAAGAGUAUCAGAGUGUUGCUUUUGAUGACAAAGAUCGAACUUGGUUAACCAUUCGAUUGAUUUUUAAACGGAAGAUAACUUAUUUCAUAUAUCAGGCAGUUAUCCCAUCCAUUUUGAUUGUGGCUUCAGCUUAUUUCUCCUUUUUUAUAUCGGUUGAAAAUGGACCCAAUCGAUUCUUAUUCACUGCAACACCUUUCUUUGCCUUGAUUACCCUUUACAGUGGCGUCAAGGGUCAACUUCCUCCUGUCUCAUACAUCAAUGCAAGUGACAUUUGGAUGUUGGGCACACUUAUUUUUGAUUUCUCUACCAUUUGUGUAAUGUCCUACUGCUGCUAUGUAACUGAACGAGAUGAGAUUAAGAAAGAGCAAUCCAAAAAAUCUGAUAAACGUUUAAACCAUAAUGCUUCAACGAGGACGAAGGCUCCUUUAUCUCGACAAAGAACCGUCAUACAGCAAUUUUCCUUCAUUUUGUAUUCAGUUAAAGAUGAAACACUCUUCAAUCAGGCUGACAAUAUGGAUAAUAUGAUGAAGAUUUUAUUUCCUAUUCUAUUUUUAACAUUUAAUUGCGUUUAUUGGAUACUUGUAUUUUAUCGACGUCUUUUGUCCUGAAAGGUUGAAAUGCUCCAAUAAGAUGAACAAAAAUACAAUGAUAAAAGCUGAAGGGAAAAUUAAGAAACAAUAUAAACUCUUAAUAUGAUUAGAGUGGUUAUUUAAGUGUUAAAAUUCCAAUGGAACCAUAUUUAUCAAAAGUAUGGGCGAGGAAAAAGCUGUUAUUACAUUUGAUUGGCUUGGAUAAUCAAAAUUUUAACAAUUUAUUGGGUACUUUACAAUAAAGCCAAACCUAAUAUGUUAA